GAUGCCUCAUAUAAAAAGGCGAAAUUUUCGUUUAAUCGUCAAAGUGAAAUGAUGUAUUUUCUCUCAUAUCUGUCUGCAUAUGUUGUUUUCUUUUGCCAUCAGCAUGUGGCUGUGGCAAGGAAUGAACCAGCAUGUUCAAAGUUUGACUACGAGGAAAAGCUUUUGGAGAAAAUGAUACGAAUGGAAGUUAAAAUGGAACAAAUGGUUAAUGAAAUUAAGAAAACAAAGAAUGAUGUUUUGGCAUUAACGAACGACGUUACACGGGCGGUAAAAAAUGCUGAACAAAACAGUCACGAGUUUCAUAGUAACAUCAACAAAACAAUAGACAAGUUUGCUGAAAAAAUUGAACAAGAAAGGGCGAAGAUAACUGCAUUGUCAGAGAAGGCCCACAUUCCAAAGAUUGCAUUUAAUACUCGUCUUUCGUCAACAGUCAGUUUAGGCUCAAACGUGAAGGUCGUAUUUGAUGACGUAUUAAUGAACGCAGGUGAAGGUUAUGACAAAACUUCUGGAAUUUUCUCUGUAUCCCAAGAUGGACUUUAUUUCUUUUCUGCACAUUUAUGUAACUAUGGAAAUAAAGUUGUACAUUACAAGAUAGUAAGGGAUGGUGAGUCCAUUGCGGUUAGUACGCAGCACGAUCUGGACAACGUACAUACAUGUAAUUCAGUGAACACUGUUGCGAUGCUGAAGACAGGAGAAAGAGUGUGGGUACAAACAUCUGGUUCUUCGCAUAUAUUCGCAAAUGGUCUUAGAUGGGAUACUUUUUUGGGAAUACUUUUAAACAGAUAAAUGAGUUAAUGGUUUUGAAAAUUUAUUUAUAUGUUUGGGUUUAUCAGAUUAAUCAGCCUAGUCCAGCAGAAGAUACAGUUGAGUUUCAAAAUAAACUGAAAGAUAUUUUUGCGAAUAACUAUCACGUAUGGCAACACACUGUCUAUGUAGUUAAUUUUAAUUUAAAAUUCAAUCUAUAAUACAAAAACACAAAUAUAAAAUAUGAUAAACAAGAUCAACAAGGAAAGGCGGCGUUCAAUGAACGCAACCCCCAUAUGACCCAGCAACAAGAACCAAUGGCAAGGAGCCCAGGCGGACCCCAAACAAAAACAGGACAGGGCAAAGACAGAGCACGGACAGGUUAAACAUUAAAUAAUAAAUAAUUUAUAAAUGAUUAAGAAUUUAAAGAAAAUAAUAAAAGGCCCACAAAGGGGAAGGGGACAGGAGACCGGGGGAAGGGGGGUUUAAUAAAAGAAAUAAAAACUAGAGGCAAUGGGGAAGAUACUUACCGUAGACGAGAAAACAACAAGGGACACAAGCAAAAGUGUCACCAAAACAGUAUGAAACAACAUAGACAUACAUCUGAGGAACAGAGUGGGGCGCCGCCUUGGAACGGUCAGCAGCAUAAUAAUGACUGCUGGGGAGUUUAAACCGGUUAAUGGUGCACCAAACCUCGCUCUUAGCCCCACCAUGUUCCUAUAAACGAGACAGUGUAAAUAAAAUGAAUCCCCGCCAAGUGAAAUUCUAACAGUUGUCAUGGUUACAAAAGGUUAAAUAAGUAAAACACAAAAAUGAUCAUUUAGAAACAUAUAGAAGUAAACCCAAUGACCAUGACAAAAGUACUCAAUGUCCUAAAGGAAGACAGAGCAACAAGAAAAUCACCUACAAGGGCCCGACGAAGCAAGGCAGAAGACGAACAUUAAGACAAUUCAGCCCCAAAGGGCUUUACGAACUAUCCAUCAUAGAGUCUCCCACUUGCUCAGAUGCAAUCAAAAGAGGAAAGCGUAGUGUCCAACUGUAAAAGGGUUGAACACUAAACAUGCAGUAUGUCUUAAAAUAGUAGGAUCAUAACAUCUUUCAAUAAAACGUCCAAUGAUUUUAGUAAAAACAGCAGAAAAAUUACCAUGACCCAAAAUCUUACGAAGUUUGUAAAUCACAUCGCCACAAAAACCAGGCCGGCCAAUCCACCGCCGCAGAAGAGCCCCCAAACCACCACCGAACUCAGAAACCAAAUCAAAGCCACGACUGCAAAAUUUAGUAAAAUAUUUCCGUAAUUUAUGAUAGCGGUAACCCUGUUUUAGAAGCUUGCUGGUAAUAAAAAUAUUCCGCUCGUUGAAAUCCUUUACGCUGCUACAAGCCCUAGCGAAUCCAAUUAAUUGAGAAACACAAACCUCGCAAGACGUCGCACGGGGCACGCCCUCAUCCAAAUGUGGACAAUUACCCAUACAAAAGUCAAAGUCAUCUCUUUUACCACAGAUCCUCGUGCGAACAGAACCGCUGCCGACAGCAAGACGAAGACCCAAAAAUGAUGUACCAAAAUUUCAAGAGUUCGUUUUAUCAAGCUGCAGUUCAUGCGGAUAAAUGUCAGACACCAUUUGAUCAAAAUAAGGAUUAUCUAAAUUAAAAAUAUCAUCAAGGCAUCCAGAAGUAUUACCAAAUGCGACCAUAACAUCUUGUUGUCUAUCUUCAGAGAGACCCAACACAAAGUCUCCCUCACAGCAGCACAAAAACAAAUCGGCGACCAGGGGUGCACAACCAGCACCCAUAGGAACUCCCAUGAUUUGUUUAAAUAGGGCACCACCAAACCCGACAUUAAUGUUGUCUAAAAGAAAAGAGAGUGCUCUACAAACCCCGUCACAGGUCCACACAGCAUAAUGUUUAACAAUACCGUUAGUAAAAAAGCCUUGUUAGAACUACACGCCAGAAAGGCAACUUUUUCCCGUGCAAAAGUUUUCUGAAUUAGAAAACAACUAAAAAAACUAGAGAACUAAAACACUGCGAUAUAAAUCAGUGAUACAAGUAGGAAAGUUGGCAAGCUUAAAUACUUAUCUACCCUGCUGCAAGUUAAAGUGAAUCGCUUUUCGUAUCAUUUUUGUUAAAAGUCUUACAAAUAGAUAUACUCUAAAUCGUUAUGAAAAUACCAGUAUUUUCACUGAUUUUAUUAUUAAGGUUUGUUUCAAUUGCCGUGUUUUCUUGUUAUUCUUUCAAUAUCUUUGCAGCAUUAAUCACAAUAAAACAUUAUUUUCUUUUUAAAAGUGUUAUAUUAUUACCAUACAGUAAUAUA